UGUUUUAAGUUAAAUAAAUAAUUUAACAGAUUGAUAACACAACCAAUAACAAUGUCUGCUGCAAACGCAGCUCCCAUCACCGCUACGGACAGCCUUACCCAAGCGUUGAAGGCUAAUAUCAUCCCUAACCAAGAAUACUUAUUACAGGGUUCAGUAUUGGACUCUGCCGUGGAGGUUUUGCUGCAUCGGCUGCGUGGGUUGUGCGACAAUGUCGACGCCGGCCCUGAGACCUUUGACGACCAAGAAGUCUGCUUUAGUCUUCGAGACCCUAAUCAACAGACAGCCCCACUGAUGUUACGAGUGCGUAAGGCACUGGACGCGCGCGACAUGCCAUACCAGCUCCGUUACAUUGGACAACCAGACCUGGGCGACAAGAAUCGUCCCACUGUGGUGCGCUCCAGCCUCGACAUUGCCUGCAAUGGCAUGCUUCUGGAGUUCCUCAGUGAGCUUGGCUGCAGGAUCGAGUUUGAAUAUAGUGUUAAAGGGUACAUGUUUCGGAAAGGAAGGAUGAAGAUAACAGUUGCAAAAGUAUUCAAGAUACCACAGAACUCUAUGCCUCCCGAGCCCAUUUCACAAAGCUAUCUAGUUGAGCUGUCGGUGCUAGCCCCUCAAGGCCAGGACGCGAUCGCGGAGGACAUGCGCGCGUUCGCCGACCAGCUGCGGCCUCUGGUGCAACUCGACAAGAUCGACUACAAGCGGCUCGGCCACAUGACAUAGCCCAUGUUCCUGGCUUAGGCCGCGCCGACCGCCACCGCCGCCGGUCGACGCCGCCUCAGCCGCGCUCCGCUGGGAGGCUGCUCUUGAUGCGAUUGCGUCCGUUUUACUUCGUUCGUAUCGUUUCAUGCAUACUAGUAGUCUUACACUUAUCAUAUUUUAAUUGUGAUUUCAUUCGUUUCCUAGAUACUGCCCUG